AUGACUAUUGAGUCAUCUAUCUAUGUGAUGACCGAGAAUGAUACCGAUAAUAAUGGUUCUGCUGUUGAUAUUGAUGGUAAGACGAUACAGCUAUUGAAUUUAUUAAAUAUAUAUCACUUCUUGACGGCCAAAUAUAGAGCUAAUUUCAUCCAGGGGUUUCUCCAUUUGAGUCGAGCAAAUUUUCAAAGUGAAAAAUUGAAAUUUGGGUUGGAUACAUUUGAUUUGAGGCCGUAUAAUGCUUGUAAAGUGGUCAAUGUUGGCACCAGUGAAGAAGGAAUAAAGUAUGAAAUUGUAGAUCAAUUAAAGUCUCAGGUAAAUAAAACUGAUGAGCCAAAAAAUACCACCACUACCACCAUCAAGCAACGUAUUGUAAAAGAGUCAACAGAAUUAUCCAACAGGAAAGUCAAAGCACUGAAACAGAGGGAAGAAAAAAACUCUUUUUUGGACACAAUUGACGAUGAUGAUAUACAAACUGCCACAAUAUCACAACUUAGAGAUCCAAUAUAUCAAUUCAACCCAUUUAUGCCUCCUAAGGAAUUAAUAUUAAGUCAAGACAAUUUCAAUAAAGGGUUGGAUAAUAUAAUUGAGUUAAUUAAUCUACAAAAUCGUAUUAAUGCAUUGAUUAAUGAGCUUGAAAAGGAGGAAUUAGCUAAAGUGCUGGGACACUGA